UACAGUUAUCUACAAUAUUGUGUUGGCAAGAUUAAUCUAAAAAUGUUUUCGGGUUGAAUGUUUUUAUUUUCAAUUUAAACAAGAAAAUUAUCGUGUGAUUAUUUAAGAUGUCAUGGUUAAAUUUCAACGACAGUUUAACCAAUCUACGGGGCCAACUCAGUAAUUUAGCAAGUGGUGUUUUAUCCGAUGGUUUAGUUAACGAACCAGGUGAAGAUGGUAAAAAAGAUGACCGAUUAGAAGAACUGGAAAAAUUAAUUGUGUCUCAGGAGAAUGAGAUUCGUGAGUUGCGAAAGCUUAACAAAGAAUUUCAAGAAAAAUCAGUCAACAAUCCUCUUUCAAAUGUGGAAACAUCGAUUUACGACUCAUCUUCAAACGAAUGGAAUUGGGAAACGGAUGUUAAAAAUCCUAAUGAAGAUAUUAUUUGUAACCUGAAGUAUCAAAUAACCGAGUUAGAAAAUGAAAAGAAAGAUUUAAUUAUUAGUUUGGAACAAUUAGAUUUAGAUUGUCAACAAACUACGGAAAAAGUAAUUAAUUUAAAGGAUGCUCUUCAAGUUGAAUACAAUAAUUUGCAAGAAAAGUACGAUAUUUUGAAUCAGGAUUAUAAAAAAAUUAAAAAUUCGAAAAAUGAUGAUGAAAAAGAAGUUUUAAAAAAGAAAAUUUUGGAUUAUGAGUCAAAAAUUGAGAAUUAUCAAGCUGGUAGAAUAUCAGACCAAGAAGAAUAUGAUAAAUUAGCGAAAAUUUUGCAAGGAUAUGAAGAUCAUGUAAAAAUGUAUAAAGAGAAAUGUAUCAAACUUGAAAGUGAAAUUAAUAUGUCUAAAGUUAAUUCAAAUGAUACAAAUAACGAUGUUGAUUUGUCAUUACUUUUAAAUGAUACAUUCAAAAAGUUUAUGGAUUAUCCAUUACCUGUGGAAACAAAUACUUUUACGUCAACAGUUGAAGAAAUAAUGAAGCACUUAUUAGAAUACAAAUAUAAAACUGAUACUUUAGAAAAACAAGUUUCAAGUCUUUUAGAUGAAAAAAGUAGUAUUUUGAAAGAAAAGAAUGAAGAAAUCGAAAAAUUAUUAAAUAAUUCUGAAUUACUUAGCCAAGAAAUUAUUUAUAAAAAUGAUGCUUUAAAGCAUUACGAAGAAGAACGCCGAGAAUUAAUAAAAAACAAUGAUAUUCUUAUUUCGGAAUUAGAUGAUAUUAGAAAUAAUUCAGGACUUCAUACAAUUUCAGAAACCAAUGAAGAUAAUCUAAUUAUUUUGGAGAAUCAAUUAGAAAUGUCCCAUUCAAAAAAUGAAGAGUUAGAAAAAGAAUUAAACGAAAAUAAGAAGCAAUUAAAUAUUGUUAAAAAUGAUUAUGAAACUCUUUUUAGCGAUUAUGAAAAAAUUAAAGAUGUUAAUUUAAGCGAUGAAGGCAAAUUUAGUGAAAUCAACAUGGAAACAUUAAAAGAAGAAAUAGAAAAUUUACAAAUUCAAAUUGAUACAUUAAUUAAGAAAAAUAAAAAAUAUGAGCACGAUAAUUUAAAAUAUCAAGGAGAAAUUGAAAUAGGACAAACCGAAAUUGAAGAUUUAAAACAAACUUUAUCAGUUGAAUUAGAAACCAGGGAAGGAUUAGAAAAUGAAAUUCGAUUUUUAAAAGAAAAAUUGCAAAAAAUUAAAAUGUCAGAAACAACUUUAAAAUUACAAUAUGAUAGGGACUUACAAACUUUAAAUGAAACUAAUUUAAAGCUAGAAGAAGUGACUAAAUCUUAUAAUGAAGUACAAGAAAUUGUGGAAAAGUUAAAUUUUGAACGAGCUGAGUUUAAUAUACAUAAUAAAAUGUUGGAAGAAGAACAUGUAAAGUUAACACAACAAUUAAAAGAAGAAAUUAAAUAUCUUAAAGAGUUAAUAGAUAAGAAUGAAUGCGAAAAUGAAAAGAAUAUUUUUGAAAAUCAUGAGGUUUUAGAGAAACUUAAGUUUGAAUAUGAAGAAUUAAAGAUUGAUUAUAAAACUUUAAAAGAUGAAAAUGAGAAGUUUAAAACUCUAAGUAUAAAUGAUUGCGAUGAAUUAAAAGAAAAACUUUUAAAUUAUCAAGCAUCGACCGAUUUAAUUAAAAAUGAAAAUGAAAAAAUAAAUUUUGAAUUUUCUGAAUUAAAUGAGAAACAUAAAAAUUUAGAAGAUGAAUAUAAAAAGAUGCAGGAUGAGAUUACGUCAAAAAAUGAGAUUAUAACAAAAUAUCAAAAUGAUAUUGAGAAGUUAAAAGAAGAAAACCGAACGUUGUUGGUUUCAAAUAACCAAAAUAAGGAAAAAUUGGGUGAAGCUGAAAAAAUUAAUUUAGAAUUUACUUCAUUAAACGAAGAAUACAAAAGCUUAAAAGAAAUAUGUGAAAAUUUAAAAAUGCAACUACAAAAUACUGAAACGAAAAAUGCAAAACUUGAAAUUGAAGAAAAUUUAUUAGAUAACAUCAAAAAAGAAGCUGAAACUAAAAUAUCAAACCUUCAAGAAGAACUUAAUGUAACUAAAACAAAUUAUACCGAAAAAAUAAAAAUAUUAGAAACAACUUUAUCUGAAUUAAUUGAAAAUAAUAAUAAUUUAAGAACAAGUUUAACUGCAAAACACGAAGAAAGUCAUCAAUAUUACAUAGAAAUACAAAGACUAAAUCAAAUAUUAUCUGUAGAAGUAGAAAAAACUAAAAAAUUAAGCGAAGAAAUUAAAAAACCUACUGAAAUAUCACAAAAUCAAGAAUUAUUAAUUAAAAUUAAUACUUUAACUGAAGAAAUUGAGAAGUUAUCCGAACAGAAUUCAUUUUUAAAAAGUAAAUGUGAUGUUUUAGGACAAACUCUAUUAGAAGAACAACAAAAUUCGAAAAAAAUAAUUGAUGAGCUCUCUAAUAGUACGUCGGAAAAAGAAAUUUCUUUAAGUAAAGAACUUCAAAGACUUCGCGCGCAUUUAUUGGAAAUUGAAGAUCAACACAUGCAAGAAAUUAUGUUGGCGGAUAAAAAAGCUACUGAAAUGCAGACUAAAAUGAUGAUUUUGGAGCAAAGGGAAAAACAAGCUACUUCAUUGCACACUUCGGUUAAUAUUCGCACGAAUCAACAUGUUGAAACACUCCAAAAUCAGCUCCAAUUGGUUACUAAUCAAAGGGAUGAGUUGAGAAAAAAAGUAUCGGAUGCUGAGGAUACUAUUAAUAAGCAAUCUGCUGGAUUGGCUAAUUUAGAAUUUGUUUUACGACAAUUUCAAGAUGAUAAAGAAAAAGGUGUACAAUUAGAAACAGAAAGAAUACGUAGACAGAUAAUGGUAGAAAAAAAUGUUCAAGAAAACUUAAAAAAAGAAUUAACAUGUCUAAAAAAUCAACUGGACGAAAGUAAACAAGGUCUUUUAGCCGCUUCAAGACUCAGCGACCAAAUGGAAACGUCUAAACAUCAAAUUGUAGUUUUAAAAGAAGAAAAUGAUAAACUACGAGAAAAAUUAAGAAAAACCGAAGAAAAUCAAAACGCAUCUGGUAGCCAAGAGACGAAAGUGGAUAAGAUGUUGGUUAAAAAUUUAGUUGUUGGGUUUAUUACGUCAAAUAAUAUUACUUUGAAUAAAGACCAACAUCAAAUAUUGAAAAUAAUCUCGACCGUUCUUGAUUUUAAUCAACAGGAUAACGAAAAGGUUAAAUUAAAUAAAAAUAAUCAAGGUUCUUGGCUUGGCGCAAUUUUACACCCAAAUGUUUUAUCUCAAAAUCAAGGGAUGUCUCAAGAAUCGUUAUCGCAAGCUUUCGUCCGAUUUUUAGAAAACGAAUCAACACCAAGACAACUACCAAAACUGCUCAAUCCCGAUUUACCACUAGAACAACCUGGUACACCACAACCUUUAUUAUUAAACGAAGUUGUUCUACCUACGUUUGCUGAUUUUGGACAAAAUAGAAAUUCCAGCUCCAUUCUUAAAGAUGUAUUAAAAGAUAAUAAUUAGCAUUUAUGUAUAUGUAUAAUUGAUGAAAGCCGCCCGCUUAUAUUAUUAACUUCAGAUUUUAUUAUAAAUUUGAGUAUGGUAUAUUUUGUAAUUUAACUCUAUGUAAAUAUUGUAUUUAAUAAAUAAUAAA